GAAUACAUAAGUUGAAUGGUUUGCCAUGGCUGAAACUCUCCGAGUUGUAAUGAUCCCAUUUCCUGCUUUCGGCCACAUGAUACCCUUCUUUCAAUUCUCCAUAGCCUUGGCAAGAGACGGUGUAAAAGUUUUUUACAUUUCCACUCCGAGGAACAUCCAAAGACUUCCUAAGGUCCCUGCAGAAUUGUCUUCUCUAGUUAACUUUGUAAAGAUUCCGUUACCACAAUUGGAAGAUGAACUCCUGCCAAGGGACGCUGAGGCCACCAUAGAUGUUCCCUUCGAGAAGAUCCAAUACUUGAAGGUUGCAUUUGAUCAACUGCAGCAUCCUGCCAAGAAUUUCAUUGUUGAUGAAUCACCUGAUUACAUAUUCACAGAUGGUCCUGCUCACUGGACAGCAGAUAUUGCACAGGAAUGUAAUAUCCCACUCUUGUGGUUCUCUGUAUUCUCAUCCGCCACAAGUGUAUUCUUCGGGCCACCAGAAUAUCUUGUCGGUGAUGGUCAGAAGAGAGUGCGGUCAUCGCCAGAGAGUCUCACAAAACCACCAGAAUGGCUCGGUUUUCCAUCUUUGGUAUCCUUCCGAGACUUUGAGGCAAUCCACGCUCUCCCCGGUUUCUAUGGAGGAAAUGCUUCCGGCAUAGCCGAUUCAGCAAGAGUUGCCAAGGUUCUCCAUGCAUGUCAAGCACUAACUAUACGUAGCUGCCCUGAGUUUGAAGGCCAGUACUUGAUUGCACUUGAGAGGAUUAUGGGAAAGCCAGUAAUCCCAGUUGGUUUGCUGCCACCCAAAAAAGAAGAAAACAGAGUAAUCAUCAAUGAUUCAUCUGCCAAGAUUUUUCAAUGGCUCGAUGAGCAGAAACCAAAUACUGUUGUUUUUGUUGGUUUUGGCAGUGAAUGCAAGCUAUUCAGAGAUCAAGUCCAUGAGAUAGCUUACGGACUAGAGCAAUCCGGGCUCCCAUUUUUCUGGGCACUAAGGAAACCUGACUGGGCAUCUGAUGAUCUAGAUGCUCUGCCUACGGGCUUUACGCAACGGACUUCCAAACAGGGCCUUGUUUAUAUAGGAUGGGCACCUCAAAUGGAAAUUCUGGCACACCCAUCAAUUGGGGGUGCUUUGUUUCAUUCAGGGUGGGGUUCUGUGAUAGAGAUCCUGCAGUUUGGGCAUUGUCUUGUUGUUCUGCCACUGAUCAUUGACCAACCUUUGAAUGCAAGGUUGCUGGUGGAAAAAGGCUUGGCCAUUGAAGUUGAAAGGAGCAAAGAUGGAUCAUUCACUAGGUACAACAUAGCCGAAUCUCUUCGACAAGCAAUGUUAUCUGAGGAAGGACAAAAGCUAAGAGACCGCGCAAGAGAAGCUGCAUCAGUCUUUGGAGACCACAAGCUGCACCAAGACCAUUAUGUUCAUGAGUUGGUGAAAUACCUUAAAAAUGGGGUUAUUAAAGAGAAACACUCUCCUUGCAAGUAGAGACCCUGAGCUUGUCAUAUGGUCAAGAGAGUAGAUCUCCAUGUUGAUGAAAUAAAAGUUGGGUUCAGUAACCGUUUCAAAAAAUAGCCUUUGGAAUCACAGUAAAAAUAAAACAACAGUUUGCCAUAAGGGCAAACGCAAUGUGUAUCUGUGUGAUUGCAAAGCUUAAUGUAUUUUUCAUUCUAGUGAUGCAGUUUAUUGUAAUAAUAUGGAGGUCUUUUU